UCAUUUCCAAACAGGCACCAGUCAGCAGCAGCAUCGACGACGUCUCGAGGAUCGUCUGCACCAAUUUUCACUCCUGAGUCGAGUCGCUCUCCAUCUAUCGUCAGAAGUGGCACCUUGUUUCCGGAACCAAUAUUGCCGAGACGAGUGUCUCCAGAUGAGCCUAUUCCAUCAGUUGAGACUGAGGCAUGGACAGAGUCUCCAAUAUCUGGAGCGUCGAUCCCUCGUACACCGACUACUCGCCCAGGGGCUGCUCGAGCAUCAACCUCCCCGCUGACAUCAGCCCCGCACUCUCCACUCUCCUAUAGGGCUGCUGAUAGUCUCCCUGGGGAACGAUAUCCAGCUCGGGACUCCCCCGAGAUUGGAAGCAUCACUGAUCGUCUGGAUCGGCUGAUUAUCGAACGCCUCGAUCGCACACCAGUAGAUAUGGGGUUGUCCGAUAUUAGAGCCGCACUGUCAAAUCUGUUCGAAGAUGCUGGGCGACGGACUCCUCAACCAAGCAAUCCUACGCCUGCCUUUAGGCAAAACUCCUUGAGCCCGCGCCCUCCUCGUCGAUCGCGGGGACGUUCUGAAGCAGCCCUGGUGUAUCAUGAUGUCAAGGAUGAGGAGCUGCCAGAGAGUCGUUUCUACGAUCCAGCGGUCCAAAAUGCCAUCAAGGACGCCAAGGCAUUGAUGACUCAAUUGGCAGGUGUUCUCGAAGACAGCCCUCUUCACAUCAACCCCGAUUCAACAAUCAGACGACUGCAUGGCCAAGCACUGGAUCUGUCCCAAUUUGAAGGACCUUCGACGCGGACUGUUGGGUUUGUUGGAGAUUCCGGCGUUGGUAAAAGUAGCGUCUUGAAUUCCCUUCUGGAUCAAAAGAACCUCGCUAGAACAAGCAAUAGCGGGGCCGCAUGCACCUGCGUUGUCACCGAGUAUCACCAUAAGGACGGGGAUGCUUUCACUAUUGACGUGGAAUUAUUCAGUCAGGAUGAGCUCAUGGAUCAGAUGAAGGAACUGCUUCAAUCGUAUCGAAUGUUUCACCUGAACGCGGGAGAAUUGAGGAGAAAUGAUGGGGCGGCAACAGUUGUCGAUAUUGAAGAGCAAGCAAACGUCGCUCGGGACACUUUCCGGUCCAUGUUCCGCAGUCAGCUGGCGAGCGAAGACUUCCUUAUCAAUGAGGAGGAAGCCACUGUCCUAAGAGCCUUUCGUUCUUGGCUGCGAAGAAUGGACCUACCGCUUGAAGGAAGACAUGAGAAGCCUUCGCGGGAUAGUUGCGCUGCUUUCCUGACGUAUCUGACAUCCGAGUCGGUAGAUACACGAACGCCAGCUGUUUGGCCUUUCGUCCGUAAGAUCAAGGUAUUUUUGCCCUCACAUAUUCUGAGUAAGGGUCUAAUCCUCGUCGAUCUUCCUGGACUGCGUGACUCCAACUCGGCACGGAGACUUAUCACUGAAAGAUAUCUGGUCGAAUGUGAUGAGAUUUUUGCCAUAUGCAACAUUGGGCGGGCGACUACAGAUGUCGGUGUGCAAAGUGUCUUUGAACUUGCGCAACAGGCAGGGUUGUCUAAAGUUGGGAUCGUCUGCACAAAGUCUGAUGACAUUCGAGUUGAAGAAGCCAUGAAAGAUUGGCGAGGCCGACACGCAGACCGUAUCCAGCAACUGAGCAAUGCAGUUUCAACUACUCAGGCAAAUCUUGAAGAUGUCAAUCUUAGCCUAGCGGAAAUCGACGAGUUGGAGACGACGGAAUUGACAGAUGAGCAACAAAAAGAAUCGAUUCAACUCCACAGCAAACAUAGGCGAACUAAUGCAGUCUUGAAGGAGAAUUUAUUCGAACUAAAAGAGUAUCUGAUAAAGACCCGCAACACCAUUAUCACCAGGCAACUUCGAACGGCUUACGAAGACAAGAUUCCAGGCGGAAAUCUGGCGGUGUUUUGCGUUAGCAACAUCCUAUACUGGGAUGAACGUCACAAGCCGAGAGACGUGGCCCUCCCAUCACUGCAGCUCAGCGGUAUCCUUGCUCUACGAAAGCACUGCCUCGGCAUUAUUGCGGACAGUCAAUUGAGUAUUGCCAAGAGAUACAUCGAUAACGAUAUUCCCGCUAUACUUGGAGAAGCUGCAUUGUGGGUUGAGUCUGGUGCAGGAAGCGCCGGUGCUGAACAAAAGCUCCACAUUCGCGACACGCUGAAUGUGAUCGAGUCUCGGUUGAAGAGGGAGUUGACAAGAAGGAAUUCAGAUCUCAGCCUCGUUGGGACGUCGAUCAAAGAUGAGUUCAGAAUGCAAGUCUAUGACAUGGGCGCAUGGGCCAGACUAGAGCAGAGCGGUCGUCUAAUCCAAAGCCAGAUGGACUGGGCACUGGAAUUUCUUGGUGAGGAGCUGUCAUUCACAUACUGGGAUCACUCCGCUAAUGAUGGUCAAAUGGUAGAAAAUGAGCUUGAGCUUUUUCCUGGAGUCACCGAUCUCCUCCAGGAAACUCUGAUCUGCCACAAGAAUAUCAUGGAGUCCCAAGUAGAGGAUCUCACGGAUAAAACCGGCGCUGACUUGAACUCGCUACGUAUAGACGCACUUACCGGCAUUCGAACAUCCAUACUUGGCAAAGCGAUGGAGGCGCCUUAUAGGAGGUGUAACGCAGAAUAUGGAGGAGGGAGCGAUAGGAGACGUAAAAACAUUAUCCGCAGUGCUGUUGGUCGCGUGGAUCUGUUUGAGAACCACAUGACGGAGUUCAAGAGCAGAGUGAGGCUGUUAGCAGAUAAUGUCCAGACCGAGCAACAAGCCAUCGUCCGUACUGGGUUGGCCGCGAUUACGUCGGUUCUUGAUCUGAUCAGAAAUGACAAUGUUGCGACAGAAAGCGAGGAGAACCCCGAGUUGAGACGCCGCCUGGAACAGGAAGUCGUUACGAUCAAGGAACGGAUGAGACGGAUCAUAGAUAUCAUGGAGUGA